CCAAUGUUUUCAUUUUGGAUGUAGCGUCAAUUUUGACUGAGGAAAUGGCUGGGGAACAUUGCUCCUCUCUUAUUAUAUCCAAUGCUUCAUUUUCUGCUAUAGUGACUACAUGUUCACGGCUACAGUGACGAGACAUUCUAAAAAACUAUUUAUAUUUUAUGUUUACAAUUAUAUGAUAAUAAUUCAUUCAGAUGUAUUCAUUUGUUUUUCUAAUCCGUAUAAGCCAAAGCACUUUUAAAAAUUGUGGAUCAAUAAAAUCAAUAAAAGUAGGCAUCACAACUGGACAUGGAAAUAUUCGUCGUUCGAUGAGAAUUGAUCUACAUCUACAUUUACUUAAAAAAUAAUACGAAAUAUAAUAAUGAAAUAAAAAAAAGCUUUUUUUUCCUAUUUAAAUUUAAUUUAUAAGUAUGUAAUAAAAACAAUGUCUUUUUUUCAAAUUUUAGUGCUUUCAUCAAUACACAUAAGGACUUGAUAUUUGUUUCACAUUUGAAGAUUUUGUUUAAGGGUGUUAUUGCCAAUAAAUAAUAAGUAAAAGCUCUAUCCUAAGCGUUUACAAUGAAUCCUUAGAAAAGGUAUUUUAGUACCUGUAGUUAUUGUUCAGGAUAUAAGUAAUAUUGUUUCAUUGACCAGGUACCUGGAAAACAAAAGGAACUUAAAGGGCGAGGGGGGUAUCUGCAUCCCCUCUAAAGUUUCUUUGUAACAAACAUUUUUGCUCAAGUCAGUGUAUCGUGUUCGUCUCUGAAAGGCAGUCGUGUUACGAGUAAUUUUUUAGAACAGAUACAAAAGUUGAAAAUACCUAUAUAUUUUGCUGAGAAGUGAUUUAUACAAAAUGAGCAAGUUGAAAAAAACUGUUUGUUUAACGCGUUUCGUUCGACAAGUAGACAGUGCGUGUCAGCAAUUUUGACGUUUUAAAUUUCAGUAGUGGCAACAUCAGUUCGGAAUUUUGCUGUCGUGAAGUUCGUAACAUGUGAUGUUUCGUGAAGUAAUAAUUUUAUAUGAAAAACAAUUAUUAUAUGGAUUGUGGUGUAUUAGGAAGUGUAAAAAAACUAAAUAGUGGUAGUGUGAUGAACUGUACAUAGUGCUAAAAGAUUACUAGUAAGCGUGACAAAAUUACAUGGAUAAAGCCGUCACUUGAGGUUGUAAAGACAGAGAUGGAGUCACACAUCAUGAAUAUACCAUAUCACCAAUCCCGUUACCGAACGAUUGGGCAUAAAAUAAUGAGGACAAGCAAUUCUGUUUCCUCAGAAAGUAGUUGUAACCAGAAUAGCCCAGAGUAUAAGAGGCAAGACUCUGAAUAUGACAGAGCCCCUUACGAAGAAGAGAGUAAUGAAGAUCAAGACUGGCAAAAUAGAGCAGUAAGUAUUAUUUAUGGAUAAAAUAUUCUUAGUUUAUUUUAAAGUUUCAAGUACCUUUUUUAAUAUCCUCAUUUUUCCUUCUAUUUAUUAUAUAUAUAUAUUUUUCUAUUACAGGUUGAUGUCUCACAAUCCGGUCAAGACUCAUCAGAUAAUGAUGAAGAAAAUGAUGAUGAACAAAUUGAGGUUCAAGAAGUACAUUAUGAAACGAGAGACACAGAUUCCUUACUAUAUGAGCCCUACUCAGCAGAGAUUGAAAAUCUUGAGGAUAACUCUCUAAUAGAAGGUGAUGAUUAUGACAUAAUUCAAGUAUAUGCUGUAGAUCCCAAUUUGGAUCUUGAAGGUUCUUCUGAAGAUGAGGAACUGCCUGUUACAGAGAUAAAACAGAGUGAUUAUAGCAUACGUCACUAUACUGAUAAAGAAAUUGAGUAUAUAAACCCUGAUGGUCCACCAUCAGAUAUACUAGAAAAUUCAUUUAAUAGUGAUGAGGAGACCCCAGUAGUAUCAAAUGUCGAUGAUUAUUUUAUAAAAGCUGACAAUAAUAAAGACAUAUUUGAAGUUAAAGAUGAACCUGUUGUCAAAGACGUUGAUGAGUAUUUUAUCAAAGAUGUGACGCCUCAUAUGUCAAAUGUAGAUGAUUUUUUUGUAAAACACAAAGUACAAGAGAGAUUUUGCAUUGAAACACCAUCAUCACGAGGAGAUGAGCUUCUUUCCCAAUCUAAUGUGAAGAAAUCACCAAAAAUUGAGAUAAACCCGCAGCAAAAUGUCAAUAUAGCACCUCAAGGAGAUAUCACUGUAAAUAAUUCAGAUUUAGAAGGACUUCGUAAUAUUGAGAAUAUAAAGAGAUUCUUAUUAGAAGACUUACCAUGUACAAAACUGAAAAACACACAGCGAUCUUGCUCUCUUCCACAUUCUCCCAAUAAUAUUUGUAUGGAUAUUAAUGACGCGAAAACGUGUUUGAGUUUUGAAGAUCUAAACUUGGACUUGUCUGAUCUUGCCCUUGACAAAUCUGAUAAUCUGGCUAAUAAAAGUGACGACAUUCCCCACACUCUAACAGAAGAAGAUGUCAACAGUUUUCUUAUAACAAGUCAACCUGAAUCUGAAUCUAUGAUUAAAUAUGAAGACGACUUUGACCCUCAAGAUAUGGAGAUAGAAAAACCAAUAGAAUCGUCAGUUAAUACUAUUCACGAAACAGAUAUUAAUAUGCCAACAAAAGCAAAUCGCACUUCUACGCCUAUAAAACAAACAAAAAAACCCACUGUGUUAGAAUUUUGUGUUGAAAAAUUAUCCCAGUCGACUCCUCCUAAGACAGAACUUAUUACUGAUGUUAAGACUGAAUUAGACGAUUUCAUUGAUGUAGAGUCAUGCAACGAUACAGUAGUACCUGUAUUAGAGGCAAACAAUUUGAACUCACUUUUAGAGCAAUUUGAAGCAACAGAGCAACUGAAUACAAAGACUAAGCGAAUAGUUGUGAAAACUGAAGAACCAAAAGUUAAGACUGUUAACAAAACAAGUUUGACAAAUGGAAUGAGGCUACAAGAUGCAGGUGUUCAGCUGAAUAAAAAUAAAAUGCGACAGAUACUGAUGCCGUCCACAAUAAAUGCUACACUGCGACGAUCGCCUAGUCCUGUUCAUUCUGAUCAUGAUUACUGUACCUCCAAAAAGCAACAAAGUCUUCCCAAAUUGAAAAAAGGACAAAGCUUGCUGAAGCCCGAAGUGUUAUCUAGCAACAGCAGAAUUUUGAACUCAAGACAUAGGUCUUGCAAAAAUAAAAAAGUUGUUUACAAUUUCAGUGAUGAUGAAAGUGAAAAGUGCAAAAGUAGUAACAGUAAGAACAAAAAAGGUGCGAACAAUCGUAAUGACAGUGAUGUUAAAUUAAAAAAACAAAGUAUAAAACAACCUGUUAAACCUGUAGCACAAGCUACUUGUCGUAAAAAACUUUCACCUACACACUGUGUAGAAAGUGACAGUGUUAAAAACAUUUCUGUGAUCAAUAAAAAUGCUUCUAAAGCAUGUGAUACUCCCUGUAGUCAAAGUUCUAAUGGUAGCAUUAAGUUAACUAUAAAAAAUAAAUCGGAAGUCAUACUUUCCUGUGAUUUUGAAAACUCUCAUAAAAGUAAACAUAGUGAAAAAUCCAAAAAUAUUAGUGCAAGUGAUAAAAAAACUGAUAAUGAUAAAAUAUCGAACAAUAUAAAAGGAACUAAAAUGAAAGAAGUAAAAACUUUAAAAAUUAAGGACAUAGAAGUUAGUAGUAGUAAAUCUAAAUCUGUACAUAGUAAGGAACAAGUCAAAGAAAGUAGUGUAAGUGAUAUAAAUGUAAAAGAAGAGCCUCAAGAUAAUUUCUACACAGCUUUGUUUUCAAACAAACAAGAUGUGCAAAUUCCACCUACAAUGGUUAAAACAGAAAAAAGACCUUUUGAUGAGGAACUUCAAAGGAUAUCUGAAAUUACUAUCAAAAAGGAAACGGAACAACCACAGAAGAAAAAGAAAUUAAAUUUACAUGAAUAUAAAAUGAGAAGGGUCAAUUCAAAUAAUAGUUCUACAACAGUUAGUCCAGAAGCUAUUUUCCCUGAUUUACCACAUUUAAAUAUAGACAAAACUCUAAAAUCAACAAUGAAUCAAAUUCAAAAUGGUCCACAGCAGAUCAAAAGCCAAACGGAACCUGAACCAAAAAAGAUAUUCGAUCCUAUUCGUGAAGCCUCUAGAAAGAUUCUGAUGAACACCAUGAAACAGAAAGCAAGGCGAAAACGCGACGAAGAUAUAAUGAGUAAGAUCCCAAAAAUAGAAAAUCUUGAAUUGCAGCCUUUGAUAAGUGAUGCUGAAAUGAUGAAAAUGGUUGGUAUGGCACCCACUGAAGAACAGGCUAUUCCAGUCGCAAUAGUGAGACCGCAAGCACCUGCUGAUUAUGAAGAGAUAAUAUUGGUCAGUAUUGGUGUUAAUACAGAUGAAAAUGUUUUCAAAAAAUUGGAAUCUGUUAACUUGAAAAGGAAAUCGAAAUCGCCACAAGCUGACACCAAGGGUCUCAUAAACUUCAAAAUAAAAAAAACUGAUCAUGUCUUAAAACAGAAUGUAUUUGAACCGAUGAGAAGAGAUAAAAAAUGUACUAUCGAUGAAAAGAAACAAGACACGAAAAUUGACAAAGAAAGGUACAGGGAUAUAACAGCGGCACUGAAAAGGGUCGAGAAACAAGUUGAUCCGAAAAUCGCAAGUAAUUCGCUGUUUGCGAGUAUACAAGAUGUCGUAAUGAAGAAAGCACCUGAAGAUGUAAACGAAGAAUUAGAUAGAACAUUGAAAGCAAUUUCAGCUAUAGACAAAAAAGCGGAAUACCAAUAUGUAAAAACUCCGAUAGUUCGCGAAUACGAUAUGAACGUCGAACACGGCGAAGACAAAGUUAUUUUAUACUUAAAAAAGGAUAGAAUCAAGCCUCCAUCAUCCACCACCGUUGUUCAGACUGAAAUGAAGUAUAAAUCUGUGGAAAAGGUAACCAAUGUCCCUAUUAAUGUGCCCACUAAUGUAAGUAAGGAAAUGGUGGUAAACCGUAGACGAAACGACAGUGACAUGUCAAUGUCCAGUGAAGGAAGCCCUGUGAGGAAAAGCAAAUCACCGAGGGAAGAAAAACUAAAAGUUAUCGCUGUCAAACCAAAAGAAAAAGUGGUUGAAAAACGCUCACUUUCAAAAGAAAAAAGGCCACGUUCUAAAGAUAAAUACGAAACGAAGAACAGACGUCGUUCCCGCUCCCAUUCGCGGAGUCGUCGAAGAAGAAGAUCCCGGAGUAGAAGUAGGUCUCGCUCCGGUGGACGUUAUAACAGAUACAGACGUUCAGAUUCACCGUAUAGGAGGAAACGCCGAUCACGAUCACCGUACCGGCGUCGUGCUCUGUCACCGCGACGGUCGCCGUCCGGUCGCCGGUCGGUGUCAGGCCGGCACAGUCCCGUUCAUCGCCGAUCGCCCUCGUUACGUCACGACCAUCGCCGGUCUAGUUCGCGAACGAGACAAAUCGAUCUACGACGCUCGAAAACACCUAUUCCGAAGAAAGUAAAACUGAGUCCUCAGAAUUCUAUAGAAAAGAUCAAUUUGAAUGAUAAGAAACCCAAAUCAAUGACUCCACCUCUGAGAAAGCCAACUAUAUCCGAAAGCUCUGACUCAUCAACGAGGUAGGUUGUUGUUUAUUAAAAUUUCAUAUCUGAUAAUUGCAACUGAAUGAUAAGAUACCUUGAUCAUGUAACAACAAAUAUACAAUGCAAUAUUACUUGUAACAUAAUGCGUAAUGUUUUAUAUUGCUAAAUCACUUGCAGCCGAUGCGAUUGGAAAUUAAAAAUUUUUGUAAGUUGAGUUAUAUAUUUCAAAUGUGGAGUCUUUCACACGCCCGUAUCAAGAUGUGGCUGUCUCUGAUGAUUCUCAGUCGUGUUAAUGGCAAAAAUGAAUUUUUCUAUAUAGUCUCGAGGGAGUUUGUUUUAUUACGAUUUUUAUCUAUUUAGUAUAGGAUUUGAGCAUUGUUUUUGAAGUUGUAUUUAUUUAUGGUUUUUUAUUUGUUUUCAGUUCGUCCUCAUCGUCUUCAACGUCCUCGUCGUCUUCGUCAUCGUCGGCAUCUGAUGACUCCUCACAUCGGUCAUGUAGUCCAUACAAAAAGGACGAGCCAUACAGGCAGAGCUACAGGAGUUACAGUUCUGAAGACAGGUUUGUCAGAAUAUCUGAUUCAUUUUAAAUGAAGUCAAUUUUUUUUAUUUAGUUUGUUUUUUCGAACUUACCCUUUCAUAGUAUGCAUGAAUUUAAAAAAUAACUUUUAUACCUAUCAUAGCUCAGCUAGUCGAGUAAUUUUAAAAUGUCAAAUUAUCACUUAGAAUUUUGAACUCUUGUUUCUAUGUAUUAUUAAAAUACUGAUCAUAUCUGAAAAUAUAGAGAGAGCAACACUCCUGUAGAAGAAAGACGCAUAGUGUUUGUUGGAAAGCUCGAAAAAGACGCCACCAAGUCUUCUUUGCGAAGUAUGUUCUCGAAGUUUGGACCGGUAAUGGAAGUUCGGCUUCACUGCAAGGAGGAUGGGUGAGUUCAAUAAUUUCUCUUAGAGAAAUAAUAGUUUAAAUACCUGUACCUAAUUAAAUAAUACUGUUUGAUUCAUUGUUGCACUGAAUCAAUCAAUAAAACAACAAUCCAUAUCUUUUCAUAUCGUAGAUCAAAAUCAGGAAAGAUAGCAAAAAAAAAAGAAUUAAAUAUUUCACAGCAUCAGUCUGAGAUUCAGUUAGACAG